CAUGAAGUCUGAUGCUGCUGCAAGACGAUUCUUCUGCCCUCAACUAGCCGGCCACUGCUUAAUUCCUGUUGCUUGCAGGAUCUGCUAGGAUCCCGCCGAGUCCCUGAGAGGAUGGACAGGACCUGGGUGCGGAUGCUGGUCUGGAUCUCCCUCCUUUUGAUCCUGGGAGAUCUCUCCUGCGCAGCAGAUCCUCUAAGUUAUGUCUACGGGGCACCGGGUCUCCCCGGAGUCCCGGGACCUCCAGGGAGGGAUGGCCGAGAUGGAUAUAAGGGAUCCAAAGGAGAACCAGGCCCUCCAGCCCUUCCUGGAAGCCACGGACCCAGAGGAGAAACAGGCUCUCCCGGUAGUCCUGGUCUGGCCGGGAAAAGUGGACCUCGGGGAGCUCCCGGCGUCCUGGGAGACGUCGGCCCCAAAGGCGAACGAGGUAAGACCGGAGAUCCUGGCGGCCACAAGCUCAUGUACCAGUCGGCCUUCUCGGUCAGGCGCCAGACCCACGCGCAUCCGGUGAAGAACGCCCCGGUGGUCUUCCACGGCAACAUCACCAACACCUACCACGAUUACGACACCACCACGGGCAAGUUCACCUGCCGCAUCCCGGGCGUCUACUACUUCGUCUUCCACACCUCCUUGACGUCCAACCUCUGCGUCAACCUGUAUCGGAACCGGGAAAAGAUGGCCAGCUUUUGCGACCACCUCUCCAACCCCAAGCAGGUCAGCUCCGGAGGGGUCCUGCUCCAACUGCAAGCCGGCGGCCAGGUCUGGCUGGCGGUCAACGACUACAACGGCAUGGUUGGCAUGGCGGGGGCCGACAGCGUCUUCUCCGGCUUUCUGCUUUUUCCCGAAUAACUUCCACGGGAUAGCCACCUUGGCUUGUGAGCCUGCAAGGGGGCUCCUUCUGGAUCUCCCCUCGCUUUGCUGUCGUUCCAGGUUGCUUCCGCUUUAUUGCAAAUAAAAUAAAAUAAAAUAAAGAGUUUG